CUCAUAACAAUCGGUAAUAAUAAACCUAAAAGUAUGUAAUGUUUUAUAAAGGAAAUACUCAGCUCUUUGAAGAAUUUGUUGGCUAACUUUCUAAUUCAAUAGAACAAAGUCAUGGUCAAGUAAAAAUAUAGUGAUGAUAUUUUACGAUCUUAUCAUUUACUUAAUAAUAAUGUGUUUAUUUUAUUUACAGUUAAUCAAAACAUAAUUAAGAGAACUAUAUUUAUGACAACCAUUGGUUGUCCAUCUGACACACAAGUAAGGCAAAAAAACCAGAAUACCUGUUUAUAUAAAUACAAAAACAUGAAAUCAUUUCGUGACAACCUUCUUGCAUUCAUUUAUCCAUUCCCAAACUUGAUUAAUGAUAUCUUCUGCUUGAUAUAAUUCAUUUUCUAGCCAUCCGAGGCUUAAUUUCUUGUGUUUUUGGGAGUUCUCGGUUAUGGAUAAUGAUUUUAAUGCAA